GCUCAUGUUUGGCCCACAGCCAAAAACCGUUGACUUCAGUGCUGAAGUGUUCCCCCCAACCCUAGAGGUCUUGGGAAUGUUUGCGUCACAAAAGGAAGAAAAUGAAGAGUAUCCAGAGGAUGAAUGGGAGGAUGAGGACUAUGUUCGAUGCUUCAAAUCUCUUCUCUUGGAAAAGGGUGUCUCAACUUUGCCUAGCCUCAGAAUGAUCGCUCAUCCGGACAAUCUGAGACUCCUGGAGCCUCUUGUUCAAACGGCAACAGAUCGUGGUGUGCACGUAGCCCUCACGCAAACGGACCUAGAGUCUCUUCCCAUCUAA